AUGGCAAUGCAGCUUGCUCACUUCUUCGCCCGGGUCUGCGAGCCCCGCGGCUUCAACCUGUACGACAAGGCACCAAAGCAGGACAUCCCGAAACCAUGGAACGAGCUGCAGAUUCACACCAGCUUCAAGUAUGCGAUGGGGAACUUCAAGGAGGAAGACAUCUGCAACCGGGCGUGCCGGUAUGUCGAUGAUCCCAUGCGUGCCUCUGGCGUCUUCGAGAACACAGGCGACCAGCUGCCUUUGGCAAACAUGUGGCAGGCAUGCCGUGGCAUGCCCCUUCUGUGCUUUGCUGGCCUGGCUUGGAGGACCGGAGGUAUGGAACACGGGCACGAUGUCGAGGAACUCACUGAGGAAGUGGUGAACUCGAGGAUGCAUCCCCUGCAGAAUCUUGCAGUUCGAUCCGAGGAUGUGGUGAUCACCAAGGAGGAGCCGCUCCCGGAGCAGCCAGCUGCGGAGGAGCAGCCGCCUCCUGUUGAUGCCGAAAUGGAGGGCGGAGACAGCUGGUGGGCCCUGCACUGGAGCGCAUCUCGCUACGGCCAGUUCGAGACGCGGUGCAGGGCGAGGGGCCGCUCGCGCUCGCGGCGGACGAAGCGCGUGCGCGUAGUCGCUACCAGCUGGAUGGAGCACGAUACGGACCCCUCGCCCUAUCGCUGGCAGGACACAUGGUGA